AUGGAUGCUGAUCCGUGGGUGUGGUCCGCCGAACAGGUGGCACAAUUCUUCCAAAGCGAGGCAGCGACCUUGAUCCAAGACAAGCCCAAUAGUCAAUUACCAGACUUGGUGUCACUCGCUCAGACAUUGCUAGACGAAGGUGUCGCAGGAGCGGAUCUGCUAACCCAGGUGGACUCAAACUUCCUGAAAGAAGACUGUGGCAUCCGUCAGCUAGGCAAGCGAAGCUCUAUUAUCUACUGCAUUACACGCCUUCGAGGGCAGUCCGAUGGCUAUCAACAGAGAGACGGUGUCCCGGGACUUCGGACUCCACAGUCACUCAAUGUCUUACCACCGCAACCCCCAAGUUUACUGCAGCAGCCACUUCCCACCCCAGCGUUGGACUCACCAGGAGAACGUGUGCGCUCUGGAGAGAUUGCAGUCCAGGAUCGCAAGGGUCGUAAACGCCGCAAGCUCGAUCUCAGCGCAACAGUCGAGAAGGCUCCUACUGGCGGUUUCAUGGCUGACUCUAGCCUACCCAUUGACAACCUUUUCUACGGUAAAAUGCAAUUCAGUCGGGAGAUCGGCGAUCUGGAACCUUCAGCAAACAUUGAACAACACCAGACAGAGUCGAACCCCGACCUGGAAGUGUAUCAAAUCAUGUCUGAUGAACAGCCUGCUGGUGAUGUGCAGUACGUCUAUCGUCAAGUGAAGCAUCUCUUCAUGAACGACUCCACCAAGCAUGUCAAACGUCGUGGUCGAGAUGCAAUCGCCAUCUUACCAUACCGCGAGCGCCUCCUUCCUGAGGGAAAGGCAGUGUCAGCAACUGUGUUCGUGCCAGACGACGGGGCCGAAGAUGGCGCCAUGGCAGUCCGCGAAAACGCAGCGUUUCUCGACGAAGAGGUUGACUACAAUGAGUCCACUGAGCAGCAGCAUACCGAUGGUACGUGGGACUAUCUGACCACGAAUUGGAAGAGCAAGCCAGAUGAGGAUGUCCUGCCUGAGUACGGUCAGUCCGACGCCGAAGACAACGAGAUGCCUUCUGAUCUUGAACGUGAGGUGGACGAAGAGGAGGCGGAGAGACAAAAGGAAGCAGAGGCGAGGCCAGGCAAAGAGGAUAUUGAGAAGAUCCUGGAGGAGUCUAUCGAAGCUCUCGCUCAGGCAUGGAGAGCAAAGAAGCUGGAAAAACUCGAGGAAAAGCAAGCUUGGACAGUAUGGAAGAAGAUGCGAGGAAGCAAGACGAUUCGUGACGGCCUGAUCGCCAACACCCAUCAACAGAUCCGUAGCUUCAAUGAGCGAUUGAGGAAGCAGAAGCGAUGGAUCAUGGAGGAAGACUGGACUAAUGCGGAGAAGCUGCAAGAACAAUGCGAAAUCAUGGUACCGACCAUCGAGGACCGCGAGUUACUACUCUGGAAGAUGAAGGUGUGGAAUCGCAAACAAGAGCCGUCCCACGUGAUACGUCGCGGACACCACUCGGGCUCCAACAAUGCCAGGCAGCCGGCACCCAGUGGCCCUGGCUUUGUGCUACAGCCUGGUGAUCGACUAAGUGUUGAGCCCGCGGAAGAGCAAGACGAGGAAAUGUUCCACACGCCCGAAGGAAGUCAAGCUGGAGAUCAAGAUGACCAUGGCGAAGAGGGCGACGACGAGCAGGACGGUGCCGCUGACGACAUGGAUCUCGACUCUUUUAACGACAACUUCAUCGUUCAUGAAUCUUCGCCGGUUCCGACCGUAGACGACCCGAACAGUUCAGACGUGCCCAUCACACCAUCCGUGCGCAAGAACGAUGGCUCACAGGCACCUUCGUCAACCCCUCUUCGUAGGCGGGAGCAGACUGUCGACUCCGACUCCGACUCGGACCCGUUACCAGCUUUGCCUAAGAUGCCGAAAAGCUCUUCCCAACGACCCAAAUCGGAAAUCUUCAAGACACCUACCAAGAAGCUUGCUUUUUCUAACAGCCAAAGCAAUCCUGUGGUGUUGUCUUCAGAUUCAGAGGCGCCGACAUCGAGACAUAACGUCAGAAAGAAGGGAGCGCUUCGAAAGCCCGGUUUCAGCGCCGAUCCUCUAUCCGACAAGAAAGCGGAUGUCGACUCGUGGGAGCUCAGCAUGCUCAUCGGGAAAGGCGAUCGAUUGCGCUUUUUGAUCAAACUACUAGCAGAGGCUGGCCACGAGCAGAGGAAGCUCAUUCAGUCCUAUGUUGCGAAACUGCGCAGGCUUGGCUUCAAAGCACUACUCACGGCUACACUGGUAGAAUUUCAACGUGAUGCUCUAUACGAAGGCGAAGACGAGAAGGCCAGAGUUGGUGCAUUUUGCGCGCGGCUCUACAUGACAUUCCAAUCUCUGGAAAUUGAGCUGAUGGAAGGCGCAUUCGAUGUCGAUCCAGUCCUGGCCAAGAUCAUGAACGAUGCACAGCAAGUUGAAAUUUUCAUCGGCUAUCUGGAAAACGUCCUUCGUAAGAGCGACUCUGACCUCUUCGUCGCAAAGAAGCCACAGGCAAACAGAUCGAGCUCCAUGCUAGGCUCGUCCCCAAAGAGCGUUAUUGACCUUGCAAGCGAUGAAGAGCUUAGUGAAGACGAGUAUCAGCGCCUCUUGAAGGACACUCCACGCAAGAAGCGAAAGCGCAAAGUCAAGGAAAGCGAAUCUGCUCUUCAAUCGCAGAACAAUGCAGCCAAGCGUAUGGAGAGAUACCAGAAGACACAGAUAUCUAAUUCGCAGCAAUUGGUGGCCAUGGUGCAGCGCGACCCGACCAACUCGAAGAUCUCCAUCAAUCCUGUUAAGAACGAGGACGAUGAGUCCAUAUUCAUUCACCAGCCUAUCGCUAGUGUUAUGAAGGGCCACCAGAUCGACGGAGUCCGGUUCAUGUGGCGAGAAAUCACCGCUGACGACGGGGACGAGACCGAACCGCAGGGGUGCUUGCUAACCCAUACAAUGGGUCUUGGCAAGACGAUGCAAACCAUUGCAGUUCUGGUGGCAGUGAAUGAAGCUGCGCAGUCGGAGAACUUAAGAGUCUCAGCCCAGUUGCCAGCUCAGCUGCGACUGAAUUCCGAGCGGGAGCGUCAGCUUCGCAUCAUGGUCUUGUGUCCACCCCUGCUGAUAGAGAACUGGCGAAAGGAGAUCAGGAGAUGGGCCAGGCACAGGCUACCGAAUGUCUUCUGCAUUGUGUCUAGCGGCGGUGGCAAGAACAAUCACUUGGACGACAUGCGGACCUGGUAUCGCAUUGGAGGGGUACUGAUCAUAGGAUACGAACUGUUUCGCAACAAAGUUCAUCGGAAGGAGUCUAAGAGUGCGAAGACGAAUCUGGCCAACAAUCGAGACGGCGACGAGCUUGACCAGUAUCUGUUGCGGGGUCCCGAACUUGUUGUAGCGGACGAGGUUCACAAUCUGCGAAACAGAAACGCCAAAUCUCUGGCCGUGGACCAAAUAGAGACUCACAGCAGGAUUGGUCUGAGCGGCACGCCGCUGAGUAACAACGUCGAUGAAAUCUAUGCGUUGAUCUCCUUUGCGUCACCUGGCUAUCUCGGCGAAACCAAGGAGUUCAAGGCUCACUACGCAACGCCUAUCCAGGCUGGCCUUUAUGGUGACAGCACGCCAUACGAGAAACGAAAGUCGCUGAUGAAGCUGAGAGUUCUUCACAACCGCAUCGAGCCCAAGAUCAAUCGCGCAGACAUCAACUCGCUGCGUGGCUCCAUCCCGCCAAAGACCGAGUUCGUCAUAACGCUACCACUCACUUCGAUUCAGCAGACAGCUUACGGCAGAUUCGUUUCAGCCGUGCUUGGCGACUCGAAGAACGAGAAAGCGGGUCAGUUCCAGAUGUUUUCUUGGCUGGACCUAUUAGGUCUGCUCACAACGCACCCCCUAGCUUUCAAGAGGAAGCUUCUCAAGCCAGUCGUGAAGAAGACUCGCGGGAGAGCCACAUCGCCGCGGGGUAGCACGGUGUCAGACAAUGGAGGCGUUGACAUCGAUGAUACUGAAGACCUUGCUGACGAGGCUGUGCUGAACCUCGGCUUUUCUCAAGAGACUGUCGACGAGAUCGUGGAAGGUAUCACGGAUGAGCUGCAGGUGCGAGAUUCUGCUAAGAUGUCUAUGUUGAUCAGCAUCCUGGAGCUUUCGGCUGCCUGUGGCGACAAAGUCCUCGUCUUCUCGGGCAGCCUUGGCACACUGGACACAGUGCAGCAGACUCUUGCUGAGAAUGGUGUUGAGUGUGGCCGCAUAGAUGGCAACGUGCCACCAGCCAAGCGACUCUCGGUCAUCGCGAAAUUCGACAAAAGCUCUACUACAAACGUCCUGCUGUGCUCGACCAGGGCCAGUGGUGUGGGCCUCAACAUACAAAGUGUCAACCGCGUUGUUAUCCUUGAUUUUGGCUUCAAUCCCACACAUGAGGAGCAAGCAGUCGGUCGUGCUUAUCGCCUUGGUCAGCAAAAGCCCGUCUUCGUCUACCGAAUGGUCAUGGGCAGCACUUUCGAGGGGCACAUCUACAAUAAGCAGCUGUUCAAACAGAGUCUCUUUCAGCGCGUUGUUGAUCGAAAGAAUCCACGCCGUGUCGCUCAGAAGAAUACAAGAGAUUUUCUGUUCCAGCCACAGCACGUAGAGCAGAAGGACAUCUCGAAGUGGCUCGGCAAGGAUGACAAGGUACUUGAUCGGAUCUUACGGCGGGAGCUUCAGACGGCUGAGGCAGCAGGAAGUGGAGACACAAUCAUCCGCGACCUCACAACAUACGAGACCCUACAGGAGGACGCUGGCGACGAACAGUUCACUGAACAGGAGAAGCGGGAAAUCCAGGAAGAGAUUGAGGCCGUCAAACGUGGCAUCUUCUUUCGCCCAAGUGGCAUAGCAUCACAAGCAGGACCAGCGCCACCACCGACUGCUCAAGCAACGGGCCUCCCCGCUAAGAACGUGCGAGUCACCAAUGUCUUACCCAAGCAAAACGUGCGGCGCUCAGUCUCCGGUGGUAAGCCUGGUCGUCCUCCAUCCGCCGAUAAGAACGGCGUGAUGGCGCCUCCUCCUUCGACAGCCAGGCCAGCAGCUCCAGCACCAAUGCCGCAUGGUCUACCCACUGCCUACCCGCCAGCAGCGAGCAUGCCUAAUCAGGGACGACAGCGACCACCUGGCCAGAACUAG